ACCAAACACUUCGAUCUCAAUCGAAUCGAAUUGAGUCGAACAGUCGACGAGAUAGAUCGAUAGCAAACAACAACAUCAAAACAAGGACAACAAAACGAAACUGACAGAACAGAAGAAGCGUAGGAUUGUCGGCACAUCUGUGAGCAUCUGUCAACAUGGAGUUUAAUUUCAGUGUUAACGCGUUAUUUAAGGAGAAAUUGGUGAAAGUCAAGAACAAUUUGCUUCCGGAAAAUCAUUUGCCCGACCGAAGAGGGGACGGUGAUGUGGUUGCCAAGAUAUCAACGGUGCUGGACAAAAUGGGUGUUGUGUCUGCAAAAGCCCAGGGUCUCCCAGUCGCCAUUACCAGUGCAGCCAAAUUGAGGAAUACUGAUCAUGUUGUGUAUAUUUUGACAGACCCUGAGGGUAACAAGGGACAUGGAACAGUUGUCGGCAUACUGAAAGUUGGUCGCAAAAAAUUGUUUGUCUACGAUCUAAGUGGUUCUCAGUGGGAGAUGGAUCCACUUUGUGUUUUGGACUUCUAUGUGCAUGAAUCGAAACAGAGAUCAGGCAAUGGCAGGGCUCUGUUCGAAUACAUGCUGAAGGACCAACAAGCAAACCCACAUCAUUUGGCCUUGGAUCAACCAUCGGAAAUAUUUCUUUCCUUCAUGUGCAAGCAUUAUGGCUUAGACAGCAUAAUUCCUCAGACCAACAGCUUUGUUGUCUAUGACAGCUUUUUUGAUGGACGAUCUGACAAAGCAAGAGGAUCAUCAGGUUUCUCUUCAAACUCCAAAACAAGUAGGAACCCAGUCCAAAGUGUGAAAGCAAUGUCCCGCUCAGGGGAGAUGACGCCCAUGCCCACAUAUGGAAGACACUCUGCAAAGAAGGCUGGAAGUGUUAUGGCUGAGUAUAUGCAAGACCAAUACAAGGGUGCCCAGAAUGGCUCAAGACAAGGUUCUCAUGCUACUAAUCACCAAUCUACUCCUGCCAAAACAAGUUCAAGCGAUUCACCAGCCAGCGAAGAAACAAAUGGACAGGAGCCGCAAAGUCAGAUACGUCCAUCUUCUCUCCCUCAGAAGCUAAAUGGUCCAUCUUCAAUUUCUCCAGUUGCUGAUGUGUCACCUAUAAAUCAAGGUGACUUACCCGAUGGUGCUGGUGAUGGUCCGAAUGGAGUGACUCCUGAAGAAGUCCCUGGUAAACUGGAUCUGAAAUUCCAUCACACGCAUCUUUGGUAGAAAUUGUAUCAAUGAGAAUUUAAAAAUUUGCUGUAACACUUCUCACAUUGCACAAGUUGCACUCAGUUGCAGAUUUCAUUCAUAUUGGAAUAAUUUAUUUAACCAUUUUUUUAAAUUUAUUGCAUAAAUUUAAGAUGGUGCAUUAGAGAUCAUUUGUUCACCCUCUUCAGCUCUCAAUACCCUAGCUUAAAACUUGUUAUAUACCCCUUUUUAAGUGCUUUUCUGUGAUUCUUCACAAAGAUUUUUCAAGAUACAUGUUGUGACUCGCACAUUUGUGCAAUGACUUCUCUUGAUUUUUAUUGUUUAAUGGUAUGAACAGUUAUGUGAUUAUUGUUUAUUGCCUGUGGCAAGAGGGUAUACAGUUCAAUUCCAAUGCUAUCAGGAGGUUGCAACUCUCAUUGUAUUGUACGGUGAAGGUUCUAUGUAAUCAUUCAUCAUGAAUUUGACCAGUAUCAAUCCUCAAAAAUAGUGAGGUAUAUUUUGACAUGGUUUUGUAUGUGCCUUAGACCUAAGUCUUGCUGAUCUGCAAACUGCUAUGAAGGUGCUAAGUUUGUUUUAUUUUUAUUUUUUCUCUUUGCACCUUAAUAAGUGUGUGUUGAUUGACGACUAUAUUACUAGUCUUGCACUAGCUGUGCUACUGAGAAGAUUUUUUUUAAAGUUCAUGGCAGCUUUUCUUGGAAGGUUGACAAUCAUAACAUUGCCAAGCAGUUCCAAAGAUACUUUGCUUACUUAUUUUCUACUUUUCUGAUCUCCUUUUACAUUAAAUUUGAUAGUUGAAUGUCAGUAUUUGUCUCUGAAGUUUUUAGACCAUUACAAUGUGCUUAUGUUGAUAGAUGUUCUCAAGAUAUUUAACUCAACGAAACAUUCUGUUUACUAAAUGCCAUCAUAUUUAUUAAUGGCAUAUUCCUUUUAACUACAUUAACAUGUUCCUAUUUAUUUCUCAUUUGUUAAUCUGUGGAUGACCUAAUCUUUAUUAUAGAGGCCAAAGUACUUACUUUAAUUUAUUUACAAAAAUACUUAUACCAAAGAUGUUAAAGUCACAUCUGUCAAUGUUUCAAUGUACUGGAACCUUUCUAGAUAAUAAUGCAUGUUUAAAUUCUGUUUGAAAACAUUUGAAAAAUCGUGUGCUCAGAGCAUUAGAUGCUUCAUUUUCUCAGGCUGUGAUCUAUUUUGGUUUAUCUUCAAUCCAAACCAGAAUGCCUGCAACGUUUUGUAGCAAUAAGAAAUCUCUCAAUGGCAAAAAGAAUUGGGUCAUUUAUUGAAGUCUUUAUCCUCCAGUGUUAGUUUCUGUUGACUCUUAAAUUAUAUAACAGUUGAAAUUUUAUGGUGCUGUUAUCAGAGCAGGCUGGUUUUGUAGUAUCCUGUAGCUGUUUGUAUAGUUAAAUUAAUGCUCCUUUGCCAUUGACAAAAUCAAAAGAAAUUGAAAUGUAGGAACUGGGAAAUCGACGACAUGAGACAGGGGUACCCUUCCCUUAUCUCAUGCUUGAGCAUUCCAUUUACUGGAUGCUGUUCUCUUUUUCCAUGAUUCUAAUCUUUUCUUUUCUUCUUUAUUCCGUUGGUGAGAAAAGAGCAUGUCUAGUUCUUACUUUAUCUCCUGUUGUCUUGGAUUUGAUUCAAUUUUAUGUCCUUUGGACUGAACCAUACAUUCCUUGUUUCUCAAUUCCAAUUUGAUUGUUGCUGUAGCUUUGUUAUUUGUAUUUUUUAACUUGUAAUAAAUAAACACUUUAGUUAACUUAUUUAA